GUGGCUCAGACCCAUUGGCCAGUAGGUUAGCCUUGCUCAGAAGAGGUUCAUUGUGCAGACAGCGAUUGCUGAGCUGAGGAUUGUGAGGUCAACGCCGUGCGUGAAGGUUCUCGUCCCUGCUGGUCGGGGUACGAGCAGGGAGCUGGUCUCACCUAACAGAUGCCCAAUAGACUUUACUCCAUACAGUCUUCGGCAACAAGAUGAACAAGAUGCAGGUGGUGGAAGGAUACAGGGUCAGCGGCAGGCGUGAGGUGGUGGCCGAGGCAGCGGCGGAGGGAUACGUGAAGGAGUUCACGCGGCACUCCAGUGACGUGCUGCUGAACUUAAAUGAGCUCAGGCACCGGAACAUUCUGACGGACGCCACCCUCUUGGUUGGCACCACCCAUUUGCGGGCACACUGUGCAGUUCUCAUCGCCUGCAGUGGGUUCUUCUACUCCCUCCACUCACGGCGCGAGUCUGUCCCUGGGUGGGACGGCCACGCGCCCGGAGGAGGCGAUCCAGCCAUGACCCUGUCUCUCCCUGACUUCCUGGAGCCCACAUGCGUGUCUCUCCUCCUGGACUUCAUGUACACCUCCCGCCUGCCGCUCACCCGGCGCACUGUCCCCGGCGUGCUCGCCGUCGCCACCUACCUGCAGAUGGACCACGUGGCGGACGCCUGCAAGGCCUUCAUGCUGGACAGUGAGAGGAUGUGUGUGACGCCUCCCCGGUCGGAGCUGGACUCCAGGGUGUCUCCAGCCUGUGUCACCCCUCAGGGAGGAACCCUGUCCACGCCCCGGGUUAGCGGGAGAGUACCCCGGCCCCAGCUAUUGGUUCCCUCCCGGCUUUUGACUGAGGCCGAGGGCCGUGUGCAUCCUGCUGACUUGGCCAGGAUCCCAGGAGACGGCAUGGCCUCCAUGAAGCCAGGGACUUUCCUGACCUGCCAGUCCAGGUCACAGGAGCUGAAACUGGAGCCUGAGUCACCCUGUCUGGGGUCCCCCACCCCCUCCCCUGACAGCCCCUCCCGCUCCAGCUGCCAGCCCAACUCCCCUGCUGAGUCAAACACCUGCAACCUGUCCAACCAAAUAUUGAGCGAGACCAAGCUCAGCUCAGACCCGAAAGCCUGCAACUGGAAGAAGUACAAAUACAUUGUCCUCAACCCUCUUUGUGCCAUAACCACGGUAAAGGAGGAGGGGCCAGAGGAGGGGCAACAGCAAGCUGUCCACACUCCGACUUCCGAUAGGAUGGACGUGGCGCAAAAACCACCUGGGGAGGCGUGGCCUGGGGACGAACUCGGCCUACAAGACAGGCAGGGGCGGGCCUCCCGUUGUGAUGUCGCUGGCCGAGUACUUCCCCUGGUGGCCACCCACCUUGUCCCAUUGGAGCACAGAACCACACCCAAGGAGCCACCAACUGCCCGUCGCUGUCAACACCCAAUCAAGUGCGAGAGCUACUGUUUGCCUCUGUGUUACUCUGGCAACGUGGGAGGGACCAAGUCGGUCUGCACAGGAGAUAAACCAUAUCGCUGCAACGUAUGUGACGCCCAGUUUAACCGUCCAGCCAACCUGAAGACUCACUCUCGGAUCCACUCUGGAGAGAAGCCGUACCGCUGCGACACAUGCGGGGCACGAUUUGUUCAGGUGGCCCACCUUCGAGCCCACGUUCUGAUCCACACCGGGGAGAAGCCUUACCCUUGCCACACAUGUGGCACUCGCUUCCGUCACCUGCAGACCCUGAAGAGUCACCUCCGCAUCCACACUGGAGAGAAACCUUACACUUGUGAGAAAUGUGACCUUCACUUCCGCCACAAGAGCCAGCUCCGCCUACACCUGAGGCAGAAGCAUGGCGCUGUCACUAACACCAAGAUCCGCUACAAGGUCCUGGCAGACCCUUACCAGCCAAUCCCACAAGCCUGUUAAAGACGGAUCUUUAACUACGGGAGCAUUUUGGAUUUGGAUCCCAGUAAAGCCUUUUGUAAUCCUGCCAUCGCACUCAUUUCCAGGGCUACCCAAUAUGGAGCACAGGGCAUUUGACUGAACAAGAAUGUUUGUUUUGAGGGGUUUAAAGUAGCAUGUGUUCUAUGUCCGCUAUUCUAUGCUUGUUCUAUUUGCCUUGUGUCCUGUGCUGGUACUGAACAGCCUGGGUUUGAGUAAUAAACACCUGUCCAUGUUACUGGCCGUCUGCCACAAGAAUAUCAGAUAGUCGUUUCAUGAGAAGCUAUUUGUCAUUUUCAAUGUUCGAACGUGUGGGAGGCAUGCCUACAUGUUCCUGUUGAAACGAGCCGCAGAUGAAACAUGACAUUCUCAUAAAGUCAGAUUAAGAUAUACAUUCCUAGGGUUACAGUUUACUCUGUGAGUUGUGGGGCGUGUAUAGCGGGGCAGUUUGCAGCCAUAGGUGUCAAAGUGAGAUUUUUUAUAGGUCCAGUUUUUCUCUGGGGUCUGGAUGGUGAUUCAACAGUUUUUUUUUUAUGUUGAGAAGAUUGUUGAGGGGAAGUGUAGAAAGGGCAAGUAGGAAGUAGGAGAAGUAGAAAAGGAGAGGAUAAAGGGAAUCGGAGGAAGAGAGGAAAGAGUGUUAGGGGCAGUGGGAUGUUAAACAGAAGGAUCAAGUAUGUCACAAGGAGGGAGAUAUUCCAACUGAAGGUUUUGGUGCCAUUGUUUUUCUUUUUUAAAUGAAAUUGUCCCACUUAUAUUUAACAAGUACAUGGACACCAUUAAAUGGCCUUUUACUUUGACUGUUAGUUUUAUUUUAGUAAAAUACAUGGCCUGGUGCCUGCAUGCUGUAUAAAAAGCAUCCUUUGACAAAUAUGUCAAAUAUGGAGCAGAUUGUUUUUUCGAAUUGAUUAUAUUUAAGUGCAAGAGUACUUUUUUUUGUCAACAUUGGUGCUUUAUAAUAAUGUAUUUCACGGUCCAAGCAGGCAAAGGACUUUGUUCUCUUGUAUAUGAGGGAUUGUUUCGAUUUUAGAGUUGAAAACUAGCAACUGUAUAAAAUUGUGAGAAAUAAUAGUCAUAGUGAAAUUGUUAUUGUGUUCUUUUGCUGGACAAAGACAGGAGGUGUUUUAUACAAAUAAAUUAAACCAAUUACCCAUCAACA